AUGGCAGAACAACGGCGGCGACGUGUUUUGAAAGAUGCAGACAUUACCGACGCCCUCGAAGAUUCGGAUCUGGCUAUUUUAUCAGACGACGAUGACGGUAAAGAGUCACCUCCUGUGAGAGAGUCUAAUCUAAGUUAUUCUGAUUCAGGUUCUCCUUCAAAAUCUGAAAGCGAAUCUCGGUCGUUGUCAGAAAUUUCUACUUCAUCGUCAUUCUGUCGAGGACAUUCUACAACUAGAGGCAGAGCCAGAACACGAGGAGGUCGUUUAAGACAACAGGGUGUAAGAACAAGAGGAGGACGGAGUGUUAGUACUCGCAGUUCUACUGCGCAAUUAACUGACAAUAACUGGAAUGGAGAUUUUUCACCUUUGAAGCGGCCAUUGUUCCAACCAAGAUAUAUUUUAGUGGACAAGAAGUUACGGUCGCCAGAAGAGUUUUUUAAACAGUACAUUGAUGAUGAUAUUUUAGAGAAGAUUGUGGUUGCUACUAACCGGACUUACUUUUCAAAAACAGAAUCUGAAUGCAAGAAAACUUGGUUAAAUCUUAGAGAGUCUCACCGACGAGCUAUGAAGAAGCGUAAAACUAAGAGUGGUCAGGCAGCCCCGACGACGAAAAAGUGGACCUUUGAAGAUGAAAUGAGUUUUUUAGUACCUCAUUACAAAGAAAGAAAUACGAUCUCUUCGGUUGAUUAUGAUGACGAUUCAGAUGUUAGCAGUUUCUUGGGUAAUGAUGAUUCACAGAACUCAAUAAACAUUAUUCAGUCUCCAGAAAACUCACAACCGGAAACUUCUGCACUUUCGCCGCGUCCUAAGUCUUCUGCAUCUUCAGUUACAUCCAAAACUUCAAAAAAAAAAAGUUGA